AUGAAACCUCUCGAUAGCUCUUCUCAAACAACGCUUGUUCAAACUCAACGCCUCAAUCGCUCGCACCUCUUUCAUUCGACUAUCGAUUGUCGUCUGCUCGACGCUUUUCGUCUUCUCAGCUUCUUGUAUGAAUUCGACAAUCUCGGAAAUGUACUCGAAUGGAAUGUUCGCGCCGAUUUGCACAUUCUCAACGGCGCUUUGAAUCCGGCUGAUCAGCUCGUCGAACGCGACUUCAAGGAGUCCGACGUGUUCGGAUUGAACACGAUAGCGAUCUGGAGAAUGUCGAGGUGGUUCGCGAUUAGUGUGAAUCGUGGUGAAACCCAGAGCUCGUACUUACUUGACUUGCUCGCGGCGAAUAUGGAAACGUUGGCGGCGUCGCAGCCGUGA